UUAUCUAUCCACUGGCUCAGUCGGUUCGACAGCAGAGUUCAUACAGUGACGAUCUGACACUCAUCACAGACGAACGUCUAUCGAUGGAGAAUUCGUUCGGCUGAAUUUUUAAACAAUUUUUUUUUGUACGCAUCUACCUCUUGAGUCCAAAUACUCAAAACCUCAAGGCAGUGAGCAUCUUUGUUUCGCGAGUAUGAAAACAGCGUUCCGAUCGUUAAGCAUAAUCCUUUUGCCAUAGUGAAAUAUAGAAAAGACAAAUUCAACGUGAGAUAUGUAUCAAUAAUAGUUAUCGGCUUCAAGAUUGUAUCGUAUUAGCACCUCGCCUAGCCCGGAUCAAUUCAUCCAUUUACAAUGGCCGGUAUGGGUUUUGCUCUUCGGAUGGUAGCUGGUGUGACUUUCUUACUGAUCACUCUGGCAAGCGGUCAAUCGAAUCAGGAUGAUUUGAUGAUUCCCCCGUCUUCGCAACCUUUAUCUGGCAAUGCAAAGCUUUAUCAAGCAUCGCAACGGUUUGCACUCAACUUUUUCAAGAGCGUUAGUGAGUUCUACGAUGGCGAGCAGAAUACUCAAGUACUCAACAUGAUAUUGUCCCCGCUGACGGUGUGGAGUCUGUUAGCUUUAAUUUCCGAGGGUGCCAGUGGAAAGACGCUGCAAGAAAUUCUAAACGUGCUAAACAUUGACAAUCAGGCAGACAUCAGUGCCAAUUACAAGAGCUUCCAGCAGGAGAUCAAUUCCAAUACCCAGGAUGUGGAAAUUUCCUCCCGACAGUUUCUGUUCACCGACAUAAAUCGACCGAUUUCACGCGAUUUCGAUCGGGCCGUUGACACGCACUAUGGCACAGAUUUGCACGAGGCAUUGGAUUUCAGCAGCUCGGCCGAAAAUAUCAAGAAAAGCUACGACUACAUCAACGAUGCAGUCUUCAAAGCCACCAACGGACAAAUCUCCAAAGUUGUUCACCCGAAGGACAUCAUGCAAGCUCGGAUGAUUGUUAUCUCGGCGCUGUUCUUCCAGGGACAAUGGACUCUUCCAUUCAAUCGUUCACUGACCAACACCGUGCCCUUCUACGACGAGAAAGAGAAAAUUAUCGCCAACGUGUCCAUGAUGUAUCAGAAAGCUGUGUUUCCGUUUGCGGCAUUCCGUGAGCUAGAUGCCCAAAUCGUGGAACUUCCGUAUGGUCCCGAUCGUCAGCUAUCAAUGAUGGUGAUCCUGCCUCGAAAGGGUGUUCCACUACACGAAGUGGUUCGUCGUCUAGUGCAAUUUGACAUGCAAACUAUCUACCGAGAGUUGAAGCAAGCUGCAGAGGAAUACGAAGAUGACGAAGUUGAAGUCUUCCUUCCACGGUUCGAAAUUACAGCAGAUUAUCACCUCAACAGCGUGUUAUUCAACAUGGGCGUUAAAGCUGCCAUGAGCAAGGAAACUGCCGAGUUUGAGAAGAUUGCCAGCGAGGUUUUCCUAGGUGCCGUAGUUCAAAAGUCCAAAAUAAUCGUUAACGAAGAAGGAACAACAGCGGCUUCAGCGUCGGCCGCAGUUUUUGCCAACAAAUCCACGCCUCCGAAAUUCCUAGCAAACCGAGCGUUUGCGUUUAUCAUUGUGGACAAGCGUUACGAUGUGAUUCUUUUCAUGGGACAGGUCAAGCAACCUCUUGCCGCCUAAUUUGUAUGAUAGUGAUUAAAAUAAAUUUAUUCCAACCACCAAAAGCUACUUUGGUUGAAUUAGUUCUCUGAAAUAGAAAUUCUGAAGCUCAGAAUGUUAAUGCAUACAUAUCAAUUUUCAAAUUCAAAUUGGAUUUAAAAUUUAAUAAUUACUUCAAAGCUUUUCUUUCCAAUAAAUUCGCACGUUUCUAAA